AAGCCUGCGGGGUUAGGUUGCGCUCGGCGAAGCCGCUCGGCGAAGCUCCUGAGGGGAUGGGGAUGGUGGCGAUCGUCGCGGUCGCUCCCCUUCUUCCCCCUCGGGGCGCCGGGAGGCGAAGUAGCCCCGCUGCGGCCUCCUGCGAAGGGACGAGAGAACGGUCAUCUAUUCUGGAUUUAGCUCAUUAGGACAUGGAUGAAGAAAAUUAAGUCAUUAUUGGAACUGGAACUUUUUUAAAAAAAAGCCCUCAUUUACAGUUAUGCUGCCAACUUAAGUUUCUUUUGAAGAGUCUUCUUUUCCAUCUUUAUACAAAGCUUGAACCACAAUGACUUCGGGUUUGUGGAGUCAAGAGAAAGCGACCUCUCCAUAUUGGGAAGAGCGUAUAUUUUAUUUGCUUCUCCAGGAAUGUAGCAUUAUAGACAAGCAGACACAGAAGCUAUUAAAAAUACCUAAAGGUAGUAUUGGUCAGUUUAUUCAAGACAGGUCUUCUGGUGGGCACAUCAGGAACAACCCUUCAUCCAAAAGCAAGAAGCUGCAAAUAGGAAUCAAGAUUCUGGAACAGCCACACGUGGUCCUGUAUGUUGAUGAGAAAGAGGUCGUCGAUAUAGAUGAAAAGCGAGCCGAGCUACUAUUGGCCAUCACCAAUUGUGAGGAAAGAUACAGUAUAUUUAAAAGCAGAAGCAGGCUGCGUAAGGGUCUCCACAUCGAUGUUGGUUCCCCGGUGAAAGUGCAGCUGAGAUCAGGAGAAGAGAAAUACCCUGGGAUAGUUCGCUUUAGAGGACCCUUAAUGCAAGAGAGAUCUCUGUCGGGUAUAUUUUUCGGGGUGGAGCUUCUGGAAGAAGGUCGUGGUCAGGGCUUUACUGAUGGACAGUACCAAGGCAAACAGCUGUUCAGAUGUGAUGAGGACUGUGGAGUGUUUGUUGCACUAGACAAACUAGAACUGAUGGAAGAUGAUGACAAUGAACUGGAGAAUGACUAUGCAGCUCCAGUUGACUCAAUGCAGGUAGACCUUCCUCCUUUGGAGCUCAACUCCAGGGUUUCUGUGAAGAUAGGGAAGAAUAUAGAGUAUGGGACAGUUAUAUUCUGUGAUGUCAUACCAGGAAACGAGAGUUUAGGAUACGUUGUUGGAGUGGACAUGGAUAAUCCAAUUGGAAAUUGGGAUGGAAGAUACAAUGGACAACAGCUCUGUAGUUUUGCAAGUGUUGAAAGUACACUUCUUUUGCAUAUCAAUGAUGUUAUCCCAGAGGCUGUGUCUCAGGACAGGAGACCUCCCAAACUCGCUUAUACUUCCAGAGGUGGUGGUGACAAAACCUUCGGUCAUAGCAAGCCAAAGUCUACAGGUGCACUCUCUGAUCCUGGAAACAGAAACAGAACAGAAUUUUUCUACGCUUUAAAUGGCUCCUCAGUAGAUUCUCAAGCACAGCCAAAAUCAAAAAAUACAUGGUAUAUUGAUGAAGUGGCUGAAGAUUCUGCAAAAUCACUCAACGACUCCUCUUCUGGCUUUGGAAAUUCUUCCCCACCGCUGCAGCCUGCCCCGUCAAAUAGCUUAUCUUCCGAAAACAGAUUCCAUUCCCUGCCUUUCAGCCUAACCAAGAUGUCAAGCACCACCAACAGUUCUAUAUCACACAGCCCGCUCUCCUUAUCUGUUCAGUCGGUUAUUGGAGAAGGGACUUCCGGGCCAACCCAGGAGAGCCCACCAGCCACUGUAGCCCCCAUCAACAUGCAUGGCCUCGAAGCUGGCUCUUUAGCAGAAGUGAAAGAAAACCCACCCUUCUACGGAGUAAUCCGUUGGAUCGGGCAGCCGCCAGGGGUCAACGAAGUGUUAGCUGGGCUUGAACUGGAAGAUGAAUGUGCAGGUUGCACCGAUGGGACCUUUAAAGGGACUCGUUACUUUACCUGCGCACCAAAGAAAGCUCUUUUUGUCAAACUGAAGAGCUGUCGACCUGAUUCCAGAUUUGCUUCAUUGCAGCCGGUGUCUAAUCAGAUUGAACGUUGCAAUUCCUUAGCUUUUGGAGGCUAUCUCAGCGAAGUGGUUGAAGAAAACACUCCUCCAAAAAUGGAAAAAGAAGGAUUGGAAACAAUGAUUGGAAAGAAAAAGGGGAUCCAGGGUCAUUAUAACUCCUGCUACUUAGAUUCCACCUUAUUCUGCCUGUUUGCAUUCAGUUCUGUUUUGGAUACAGUCUUGCUUCGGCCCAAAGAGAAGAAUGAUGUAGAAUAUUACAGCGAAACUCAAGAACUGCUACGGACAGAGAUAGUAAAUCCUCUUCGAAUAUAUGGAUAUGUGUGCGCCACAAAAAUAAUGAAGCUGAGAAAGGUCCUGGAAAAAGUUGAAGCAGCGUCAGGAUUCACAUCUGAAGAAAAAGAUCCAGAAGAAUUUUUGAAUAUUUUGUUUCAUCAUAUUUUAAGAGUAGAACCACUCUUAAAAAUAAGAUCGGCAGGACAAAAAGUCCAAGACUGCUAUUUCUAUCAGAUUUUUAUGGACAAGAAUGAGAAAGUUGGAGUGCCUACCAUACAGCAGUUACUGGAAUGGUCCUUCAUCAACAGCAAUUUGAAAUUUGCAGAGGCCCCAUCAUGUCUGAUAAUUCAGAUGCCUCGAUUUGGCAAGGACUUCAAAAUGUUCAACAAAAUUUUCCCUUCUCUGGAAUUGAAUAUCACAGACCUGCUUGAAGACACCCCAAGGCAGUGUCGUAUCUGUGGAGGACUUGCAAUGUACGAAUGUCGGGAAUGCUACGAAGAUUCUGACAUUUCCUCUGGUAAAAUCAAGCAGUUUUGCAAAACCUGCAAUACACAGGUUCAUCUUCACCCCAAAAGACAGAGUCAUAAAUUCAAUCCAGUGUCACUUCCGAAAGAUUUACCGGACUGGGAUUGGAGGCACAGCUGCAUACCUUGUCAGAAGAUGGACCUCUUUGCCGUUCUUUGUAUAGAGACAAGCCACUAUGUGGCUUUUGUUAAAUAUGGCAAGGAAGACUCCUCUUGGCUCUUUUUUGAUAGCAUGGCUGAUAGGGAUGGAGGUCAAAAUGGUUUUAACAUCCCUCAAGUGACUCCGUGCCCAGAAGUUGGCGAGUAUCUGAAAAUGUCUCUCGAUGAAUUGCACUCUCUGGACUCGAGGAGAAUUCAAGGCUGUGCGCGGAGGCUCCUUUGCGAUGCUUACAUGUGCAUGUAUCAGAGCCCUACAAUGAGUUUGUACAAGUAAGACGUGGAGGACUCUCGUGAGGAAUUAGCCUCUUCCCAGGGACUGGAACUGUGGCCCAAGGAAGCUCAACGGAGCUGUCGGCUUCUCAGCUUGCGCAUCUGUUGCUGGCAAUGGAUGCUUCGAAGGGUAUGGAAAUCAAAGAACUAGAAAGAAGAAGCAGCUAUUUUAACGGAAAGGGGGAAUGGUGCGGUGUUGUGUUGCUAAAACACUCAAAGUGUUUCCGCUCUUGGACGUGUGUGUGUGUGUGUGUGUGUGUGUUUGUUUGUUUGUUUGUUUGUUUUUUUAAAUAAAAGUCUAAAUGAAGCGAUUGUAAUGUUUAGGUUGUGUUUUAGAGAAACUGUUUACAUAGUCCGAAGAUUAACAUCCCCUCUGGAGCCUUCUGCUGAUUCUUCUGAUCCUGCACAGCUUAAAGGAAGAGGACUAUAUUUUGGGGGUUGUAUGUUUCCCAGAGUUGUAUCCAUCGUGUCUGUAAGACCAGCCUUAUGACUUUGGCAUCAAGGGACUUUUGCUUCUUAUGUUGACCUGGAAUAAGUUAAAUCACAAAACCCAAAACAUCACCGAGUUGAGUGUAUCCAUGCAGAUAUAGGUGAUCAGUCCAUCAGUCCAGGCACCCUGGACCAAGAAUUCUCAUUGUUUUCUUUGUAGCAAAUGGGUACCUUCCAGGAAAAGGAAGAAUAAUGAUCUCACAACCUUGCAGCGGUACUCGGAAUGGCCUCCCUUGCACAACUUCCUGAGUCCUGUUCCAUGCGUUUGAUGUAAGGUCAUUUCUGGGAAUGUGUGGAUGAACCAGUAUGUUUUACUUUCCAUGGACACGCCCAUCUUCAAAGCUAAUCCUGAAAGGCAUUAAUUCCAUUGCUAUCUUCAAGCUUGAUUUCCAUAAUGGAAGAAUCCUGAAACCCUUUUUUUUUUUUUUCUAAAUGAGUUUUGGAAACUUUUUCAGCAUGUGUUCUGCAUGCCUUGGUCAAUUUUUCAGAAAGUACCCAAUGAUUCAGAAGGUCUGAGGCUAUUCUCCUUUCCUCCAGCAACAGGGGGGAAAAGACCCUCUUGACAGCUUGCAAUUCAGCGUGGUAAACAGGAGAUGAGAUCAAUUCAUGUCGGUUCAAGAGCCAUCGUAGAGAUCAUUCAAAAACACUCCAUUAAAUUAUCUUUCUGUGUUCCGUUAGGUAAUAGCUUAUGGGUUCGCAUGCUUCUGCAUCGAGAGGGCAAAUUUGGAUUACACAAUAAAUCCAGUCUUCUAAUACAUUUCUUCCACAGUUCUGACUGAGGGAAUAUGAGUCAAGUUUAAUCCCAUCAAGAUGUUCUUUGCUGUUUCGCUAUCAGCAUAGGCUUCCUUUUAUGGUUAUAGUUGAUGAGCCCAGUGGGACUUUUAGGUACUGUAUGUUGAUUGGGUGGAUUUGACAGUGUCUUCAGGUCUACGACUACUCGCCAUGGACAACUCGCCACAGCCAACUUGCUGUGGGACAAGAGUUACACUAAUAUUGAAGAAAUAGUGGAAUAGAAUCCUUAAAGAAUGCCAAAGGAGGGACAAAAUGAAAUGUGAAUGACAACAAUUAAAAUAUUUUUUAAAAUUAUUUUAAUUAAUUGAAUUGUUGAAUUGUCCCAUGGCGAGUUGGCCAUAGUGAGUUGACCAUGGAGAGUUGAGCAUGGAGAGUUGGCCAUGGAGAGUUUAUCAUGGAAAGUUGGCUAUGGUGAAUUGGUCAUGGCGAAUUGACCAUGGAGAGUUGGUCAUGGCGAAUUGACCAUGGAGAGUUGGCCAUGGAGAAUUGGCCAUAGUGAUUUGGUUAUGUCGAGUUGGUCAUGUCAAGUUGACAGUGGAGAGUUUGCUGCAUCGAGUUGUCCCAUUCCAGUGUCUGUCUACAAAGCAGGAUUGUGAGGGCAAUAGUCAGCAUAUCGUACAUUUGGGAUAAAUGUGCCCCAUAGACACCAUAUGUAAUAGCAGCAUGUUUAAGACCUCAGUUGCUAGUUGUUAUUGUGCACUUAUUUUUUUGUCUCAGGGAAUGCCAUGGAAAUGAAAUCUGUAAUGGAAGGCAAACAUUGCAUUUUUUUUUUCCGGUUUUGCGCUUUAAAACCGUACUCACACAUUUAUCAUCUCAAAGGAUUAUAUUGAGCCAGCGUGUAGUUAAAUCAUUUGACUUGCUGUUCAGUACAUGGCAAAACAUUACUAGCUUGUUUGAAGUAUUCAAUGUCGUAUUGAGUAUUUUUAUGAACUGUAGAUGCAAUAGCUUUUCUGCAGUAUGGAGGAAAACCUGCUAUCGUUGCCUUAGGUACGUUUUGAAAACAGUAGCUGAAGGCUAUAUAUAUAUAUAUAACAACUUCAGGAUGGAUGGUGGGUGCUGAAUGUCUCUUAAGAUCAGCUUGCUGUAGAGAAACUGAUGGAGAGAGUCAUUAGGCCUCUAAAGCUUUUUUCAAUGGUUUCUAAUUGCACAGCAGGGUUGCCAACUCAUUGCAUUAAUUCUCAUUUGUGUAACUCGUGAUUGGAUGCCCUUCUUGUUCCUACUUAUCCUGCUUUUCCUUUGAGCAUUCGUGGGAACUCAGAAGAUAGUUGGGAAAUUGUGGGUUUGAGAACAUGUCGAACUCCAGUUGCCUUGGACUGAGUGGAAAAUGGCAGUCUUGAUGGACCAGUAGGAUGAAAGAAUGUGGGCAGGUAAUGAGCGGUAAUAGAAAGAACUCAGCGGAAAGAGAUACCGAUCAGAAAACAAGCUUCAGGGUGUGGAGAAUAAGGACAGGAACACAUCCAUGCAUCAUCCAAAGUCAUUCUUGGGUUAUCUGAGGAUGCGGACAAAAGUUUAUGUGGAGGUGAGAUCUGAGUAAAACAACAGGGUCUAGAAAGCUGUUGGCCAGCUGAAUCUUGGAAACUGUCUCCCUUUUACAAUAAUCACAUCAGAGGUGGUGUAUGAGAUAUAGUUCGGUGGUUUUGAUAUAUAAUGAUCUUUUCCAGCUUGUUUCCUGGUGUUGCAGUCGAAGGGAAAGUCUUCGCUGGUGAUAGAUUCUCCCUUUUUGAAUGUGCAGUGCAAUAAAACAUACGUGGCAAUCACUCCCCGUCCCUUUCCUUGCCCUUUCUAUUUCCUCUUCUGUUUCAUCCGUCGUGAUUUUGGCAUUUUGAUACCCCGCUCUAAAAGGUCUCCAGCGGUUACUGUGAAAAAUGAACUUUUAAGCCAUUGCCCUGCAGAAGGAACUCAACAGAAGUGAAAAUCAUUUCAUUUUGAGAUCAUGUUUUCUAUGUCCGCACAGACUUUGGUGUGUAAGCAAGACAUUACAAAGUGUCGUCUUUUGGUUUCCCCGGGGCUGAGAUUGUCACAAAGAACAGCGCUUGAAUCAAUAUGAAAGCUGAAUUGGAUUUUUAUCUUGACCUGAACGGCCUCUUUCGAGGUUUGGGUUUUAUUUAUUCUGCCAUUGUAACAAACUUACGUUCUGCAUUGGCUUGCACAAUUUUUAGAAGAACAAAAAUAAAGAUUUUGUGGUUUGAG